CCCAUGACCACGUAUUUUCUUCUUGCCCUUUUAUCGUUUUGGCUAUGUUGUUAGAAAUUGACAAACGGCAAAACAAGUUUUGUUACGGGGAUAUAUUUGGACCGAACAAACUAGUAACGGGAAAUAAAUCUCUGAAAGAGCUGUUUUUCUUGUGCUUGUGCCUCUCAAAAGUCAAAAAGUCAGCGGGAGUUUGGAAAAGGAGAAGAAAUAACGAUGAACUGGUCAACCGUCGCAAAAACCGUUACCCCCUUCCCUCCACCAACUGUCGUCCCUUCCGAGCAGAUCCAGAAAACAAGCUAAGCAAUUCUUUCUCUCUCUCUCUCCUCCCCAAAUUCUUGCCAUGGCAACAGCUCUCUAUUUCAGUUGCGGAGAUAACAAAAGGAAAAGAAAGGAUAGGAAUGAUAAAGAAGAAUCGAACAGAGCUCCGAAACCCUAAUUCUCGGCUUCUCCUCUGUUGUUUUGUGUCACACACACUGCAAUUCAACCCUCAUCUUCUCCAUUUUCCCGCGCGUCUUCACUAUCAUUUCUCUCCAGGAGUUUGGGAGCUCCGCUGCAUAGCCGCUCGCCGAUAUCGCAGGGUGCAGAAUUCCGUCAGAAAUAAUGAGUCUCGUUGACACGAGGAUUGACCUUGGCACUAUUGACGUUCGUCCAGGCCCGGAGUUUAUUCACCGCCGGUCGAAUUCCUUGCCGUUCCUUUCCCUGUAUGGCUUCUCCGAUCAGGGAAGCUUCUCGUACAGUAAGCUUCCGGCGAGACCUAUUACGCUCUCUGUUCUCAAGCUCGACGGCUCCUGCUUCGAUAUAGAAGUAAAGCAUUCUGCUACGGUUGGUGAAUUGAAGCAGGCGGUGGAGGCUGCCUUCAGCUACAUGCCGCAGAAGGGGCCAGGCAAGAUCUCGUGGCCGCAUGUGUGGGGGCAUUUCUGCUUAGGUUUUCAUGGCCAGAAGCUGCUCUCUGAAGCUGACUCCAUCAGCUAUUUUGGGAUAAGGGAAGGUGAUCAGCUCCAAUUCAUCCGGCAUCUCUCAACAACCAGCAACAGCUUCACAAAGAAGGGGUCAUUUAAAAGGGUCUUAACUUCAGAAAGAAACAAAAUGUAUGCUCUUUACCCUCCUUCGUUGAACUUCCUUUGUCAUUUGAUUAUAUGUCAGUAUCUGUCUGGUUUUAGAUUUUCACUAACAGCACCAAGAAGAGCUGCUGCUGCAGAAAUAGAGCUUAAUGCUGACGAUGAUGACUGUUUCAGUGAAAUGGAGAACGGAACGUAUGUGCACAAGGACGACAGCGAUCUGGGGAUGAUUGAACUUCAAGAAGUCACCGACCACACGAGCUUAAUGAGUCCAUGGUUCCCUUACUCAAGGCUGUCUCCAAGGGAGAAGAAGAGGAAGUUCAAGGCGGGCCCAUGGCUCAUGAGAGAAGCCGAAGAAGCCUCUCCUCAAAAAAUCGUGUGGCGGACAAACGAGAUAGCCCUUUGCCUAUCUCCCUCUCUCCCCUCCACAUUUCCACACAAAAGAUCAGAGAAAUCAAAAACAAUCCCCUCUCCGAUUCUUACACUCCACAGAAACAACCCAAUUUCUUCUCCGGCCAAUCGGUGUCUCCUCCGGCAAUCCGCCAUGGCUAACAUGAUCAUGGCCUCCUCCAAGCCCUUGCUCUUCUCUCCUCCCCCCACCGUCGCCGCCGCGGCCAAGCCAAAACUCCCCAAAAUCUCCCUCCCAGUCAACAGCACCACCACCAACAAAUCGGCCCAAUCCCUAAUCAUCUCCGCCUUCAAACCGGCCUCCCUCCUAGCCACAAUCUCCCUCUCCGCCGCCGCAUUAGCUCCGCCGUCUCUGGCAGUGGAGAUCGAGAAGGCCGCUCUGUUCGACUUCGACCUCACCCUCCCCAUCAUGAUGGCGCAGUUCCUGCUCCUCAUGGUCGGGCUCGACAAGGUCUACUACUCCCCGCUCGGGAAGUUCAUGGACCAGAGGGACGCCGCCAUCAAGGAGAAGCUGAACAGCGUGAAGGACACUUCGACGGAGGUGAAGCAGCUGGAGGAGCAGGCGGCGGCGGUGAUGAGGGCGGCGAGGGCGGAGAUAUCGGCGUCGCUGAACAAGAUGAAGAAGGAGAUCCAGGAUGAGCUGGAGGAGAAGCUCAAGGAAGGGAGGAAGAAGGUGGAGGGGGAGCUCCAGGAGGCGCUGGCGAAGCUGGAGAAGCAGAAGGAAGAGACGAUCGUGUCGCUGGAUGCCCAGAUUGGCGCUCUCAGUGAUGAUAUUGUAAAGAAGGUCAUUCCUGGGUAUGUCAAAUCAUAA